AUGAAUUCUGAUGAAAUGGAGAAAUUACAGCCUUUGUUCAAUCGAAUUACUAGAAUUCUGCAAAGUAUUAUUUUACAUUUUAAUUAGAGUCACAAUCAAUUAUCAAUAUUAUUCCAAUUAAAUUUCUCUAAAAAAUAGAGCUUCUUUACAAUUCACUUCUUGAUCCAACUUUAGAAAUUAAUUCAUUAGAUUAUGAUUAACUUUCUUAUGAUGAAAUAAAUUCAUUAUCUAAGUUAAAUAAAGAAUCAAAAAUAGAAUUACUUAUAAGUCUAUUCAAUCUAUUCUUUUAAUAAAAAAAAAUAAUCGGUGAAAUUGAUAUUUUGGGUAAAAGUACCAUUUUAUGGUCAAGAAAAAAAAUUGAAAUCGAUUUAGAUAUCAAAGAAUUGAUUAUUCAUCGAUAAAAUCCAAAAGAUUAGCCUUAUGUAAUAGAUUUAACAGAAUUCUAUAUUAAUUAUAGAGGUUAUUUAAGAGGCAGAUAUUAAUAUGAAUUGUUAUCUAGAAAUCCAGAUUUAUAGAUCAAAGACAUCAUUAUUGGCAGUGAAGAUAAAGAAGAAAUUAAUAAAUGGAUUGAAUAUUUCAAAAUUUGUUGCAAAUAAGAAAAUGUGGAAUAACCUAAAACAACUAUUAUGAUGAAUGAAUAAGAAAAUGAUAACAAAAAUUUAGAAUCUUGUGAUAGAUUUAGCACAGUAAACUUUAAUAAAAAAUAAGCUGAUGAUACUAAUAUUAAAAAAACCAUAAUCUCAUCUAAGAUUUAAUAAUAAUAAAUAGAACAAGAAGUUAUUUUAGUCGAAGAAUAAAUUCUUCAAGAAAAUUUACCUGUUUUAUUUAAUAAUCUAAAAGAUAAAAUAAAUUUAGAGUAUUUGAUGGAUGAUCAUGACUUUUCUCUUAUUUCAUUUUAGCACUGUGCAAGAAUCAUGCAAUCAAAUAUAAAUAAGAAUAAUUUUAGAGUUUUUAUCACUUUACCUUAAACUACUCUGGAAAUACUCAUUAAUUCUCUUUAUGAUACAUCAACACUUAAAAAAUGGAAUAAAUAAAUUAAAUCCUAAUAAAUCAUACUGCAAGCAACUCCUUUUCUGGCUUAGAUUGAAGAAAUUAGAGAACCUUUAAGUUUUCUUUAUUAACCAAGAUCUUUCAAAUUCUUAAGAUACAUAUAUCCAUUCAAAAAUUCAUUUUUUAUUAUUGAGAAAUCCUAUGAAAGUAAAGAUACUGAUGGUCUUAUUGAAUGGAAUAUUAUAGGAAUUUUUCUCUAAGAUCUCUAAACUAAAAUAAUGAUUGUAGACACACUUGUCUAUAACAAAGGUUACAUAACUUAAAAUUAAGAUUAACAACUUAUCCUAAAUUAUGUUUAACAAUUUCAAAAUUAUAAGCAAUUUUUAAAAGAAGAAAAUAGUAGAUAACAAAUAAGUAAUGUUAAUUUGCCAAUAUAUGUAAGUGAGGCUAUGAAUUUAAUAAAUCGUUAUGAAUAACUUAAAAAUAAAUAAACAAAAAGAAAAUUUAAAUCUUAAGUGAUUCGAUCUGAUUAUUCUGAUUAAACUGUAUCUCCAAAUUUAUCUUCUUAAGCAAAUCAAAUUAAUGAUAACUUUUCUUUAGAUGGAGAUAAUCAACAAAGAGAUUCUUUUCUUAAAGAAGAUAUUCGUUCUGUUUAAUAAAAAACAGGAAUAUUUUUCAAAAAUGACAAUAUAAAAUAAUUUUAUCAAAUUUCUAAAUACACAUAGGAAUAGUUACAAUAAUUUCUAUGUGACAGACUUUUGGAUAUUGAAUAAUAAGUGCAUCAUCUUUCAUAAAUUCAUUACUAUGAAACAAAGCCAUAAAUCAAUAUUUAAUUAGAUAGAUAUUAAAAGAACGCGAAUGGAUAACAUUUUUUUUAUUAAUCAGAUUGGGUAUAUGAUUCUUAAUAAGGUUUUUUGAAAUUUAUAAAUUAAGAGAAGCUUGUUCAAUAAAAAAAGGUUUUUUAUUACAUCUUAUAAAAAAUUGGUUAAAGUCUAUUAAGAACAAGCAUUCUACAGAUAUCUCUUCCUGUUUAUAUUUUUGAGAGAAGAACAAACCUAUAAAGAUUAGCAAGUUCCUUUUCUUAUGCACCUCAUUUUUUAGAACCUGUAGUUAAUAGUUAUCCACUUGAUUAAAUGAAAGCACUAUUAGCCUUCAUUAUAUCAAUGAAUAUAUUAUAUCUAUCUUUAGAGAAACCUUUCAAUCCAAUUCUUGGUGAAACCUUUUAAUGUUGGAUAAAAGGAUGUCCAAUAUAUUUAGAAUAGAUUAGUCAUCGUCCACCUAUUGCAUCAUUUAUGAUGUAUGGACACGGAUAUAAUUUCAAUGGACAUUUUGAAACUCAAGCUUCUUUAGGUUUGAAUUCAAUUACUGGUUGUAAUUUUGGUAAAGUUAAUUUGCAAUUUAUCAAUGGAACUAAGGUUGAAUUUAAUAAUUGCAAAGGAUACUUAAGUGGAAUAACAAUUGGAGAUAAAAUUUUUUAUUUAGAAGGUCCUAUUUAUUGUAUUGAUUAUAUCAAUGAAUAUUUAGGAGAAUUGUACUUUAAUCCACCAUCAGGAUUAUUUGGAAAAAAAAUGGCUUUAGAUUAUUUUUAAGGUGCUAUUUAUAAAAUUGAUGAUAAAGAGGUUAAUCGAUGGAAAAAAUUAGGAUAUAAGAAAUAUUUAGGAUUGAAUGGAUCUACUUAGAAAUAUCCUGUUUUAAGCAAAUUAGAUGGAUAGUAUUUAUGAUCUUAUAUUAACCAAGUUGGCAAUCUGAAGGUAAAAACUUAAAUGUUGAUGAAAGAAAUAUUUUUAAUAUUAUGACAGAUUUUCCUUAUGAAAUUUAUGCAGAGUAAUAUCCACUUGCUUCUGAUUCAUAAAACAGAUAAGAUUUAGUUGCUUGGUAAUUAAAUGAUUAUGAAUUAACAAUGAAAAAUAAAGUAUAUUAUUAAUACAACUAUUUUCUAUAGGAAUAUCUAGAAAAUUAAUAAAGAAGAGAUAGAUAAUUACGAAAAAAAAAAUGA